CGUGCCGGAGGACGGUUGAGUGCGCAUGCGCGAGGAGGCCGCGGGUUGAGCCAGGCCCCGGCUCCGUGGUCGCGGCGGCUGCUCUGCCCGCGUCGGCAUGAGUUGCGCGGCUGUCGCCACCCUGACGGAGGAGAUCCGUCUGAAGCGAGGCGUUGCAGGGUUGGGGUUCAAUAUUAUUGGAGGAACUGAUUACCAGCCCAAUUGUAAGGACAGCGCAAUCUAUGUGAGCAAAAUAAAAGUUGAUGGACCAGCAGCUCUUGAUGGACGAUUAAAGGAGCAAGACCAAAUCUUAGCAAUCAAUGGGCAAAAGCUUGAUGAUGUUACGCAUCAGGAAGCAGUGGAAAUAUUUCGAAAUUCCGGCAAUGAGGUGACACUAUUGGUUUUAAAAAAGAUAAGAAUCGAGAAUGAUCAAAACAACAAGGCAUCUGUAUCACAACUAGUAAUGGCAAUUCUGGGUAUAACAGUGUUGGCAAUGUGUGUAUACGUGAAAUAUCGCCGCAGGUUAUGAAGAUAGAAAAUGUCCUCAUCUUUUAAUGUAGGCCAAAAUGCUAAUGUCCACAUAGGCUUACUUAUCGGUGUGCCUAGCCAAAUGCUGACUUUGAAAUUAGAUCUAUUAUAGAUCUUAAAGGGAAUGUACACAUUUGUAGAAUACCUGAAUCAUUUAUAUGCCACAGAAUAUAAGCUGCAAUGAUUUUUAAAAACAAAAUAAUAAAUAUAAAGGAUAUUACAAAUCGUAUACACAAAGUCCUUAUUAACCAUCAAAGGCAGGGGCAUGUUCUUCCUAUGGAUAACAAAAGACAUGGAGCAAUGCACUACAAAUUAACAUAUGACCUAUAAUGUUUUAAAAACAGUAGAGUGUUUAUAAAAACUACAUUUUUAAAAAAAUACUUAAAACUACUUCCAUUGUAUGUAUAAAAACUGUAAUCAUUGAUUUUUGAAAUAACGCAGUGCAGUUGUGUAAUCAAGGACUGUUCUUUAUUGGAGCAGUGCACAGCAGAUAGGCACUUUAUACGUGAUCUGGAGGGAACUGAUCACUAUUUAUACCGACGAUGAUUGGUUCCUCAAUCUGCACAUGCAUGUAAAUGUAUUUGAAAAAAUCAUGAAUGGGUAAUGGGGCCAACCUGGUGAUUUUGUGGAUCCAAAUUGGCAGAGAACGAGAGCUGAAUGUUUUAUUUUUUUUAAAGACCACUUAAAGAAGAUUCAGCAAGUGAUCAAACGAAGAAAGAUUUCUGAGCUAAAAGACUGUAAAUAAUGUCAAAACGUUUAAGUGAUAUGUUCAAAUUCAGUGUGUGAUCGCUACAUACCGGGAGAAAUCCUUUAUAAAAUUUCAUUUCAUUUCUUAUAUUUUUGGUAGGAAACAUUUUCCAGCAGAAUUUUUUAAAGCAGUUGAAACACUUACAUUCAAGCACGUGCAAAUGUGUAUUAUUCAUUACAUUACCUGCAACAGUGUAUAAGGAUAAAAUCUAAUUUCUCCAUAUCUAGUAGUUAAUAUAUUUUAAAACACUAAGCAUGGACCAAAAAGUGAUACGCUUCUUUCAAACAAAUUCACAGUAGGGUCACCAGAAUAAUAUAUGAACUUGUAAAUUGGAUGUACACCAUUUGACAAUUGUUACUUGAUUUAAGAGCUUUCACUUUCAUAAAUGUUGCUAAGGUGGUUUUAUCUAACUUAUGUAAUUUCUUUUUUGUAAAAUUAUUUUAUCAAUUAUUUGUGAAAUGUGGAUCUACUUGUAUGUCCCAUAUGAAAGUUUUUCCAAAAAUUCAGUGAUAUUUACAUUUAUAAGUCUGUGUUGGAUGCAAACAUUGGAAGACUGUUUUUUAUUAUUUUGUUUGUCAGAUUUGCUAAAUACUAAUGUGUAGGAAAGAACUACAGAUGCUGGUUUAAAUCGAAGGUAGACACAAAAUGCUGCAGUAACUCAGCAGGACAGGCAGCAUUUCUGGAGAGAAGGAAUGGGUGACGUUUCAAGUUGAGACCCUGCUUCAGACUCAAUACUAAAUUAAUACUACACAGUGCUAAAUACUAAUGCUGAGCCCUUCCUUAGAAAUCAAGUUCUGCACAUGGACAUUCCCAAAUCACAUUGGUAUUUUAUUGCUCUCAGAUAACAUUAAACAAAUUCUGAUUGCAGAACAAUUGCCAAUAAUUAGCUUAACAUUUCAGUGUUCAGCUCAGCACUUUGAUGCAUCUCCCUCUUGGAUGUAUUACUUGUCGAAGUUAGCAAUAGACUGGUUGAAUUAACAAGCUUGCUUUCAUCAUUCCUUCUCAGUUGGCUGCCAUGAGAUGAUUGGUGAAAUUCAUGACCAUGAUUGCUGUUUCAGUUGCAAAAGGCUGGCUUAAUGUUAACAAGCAUACAGAUUUUAUUUUUGCACAGUUACCAGCUGUAUUAUAUGAAAUUAUAACAUAAUGAAUCUUCUGAGAAAUAUUGUACUCCUAUUUACAGAAAACAUUAUCCUUUUAGAACUGUCUAUUCCUUUUAAAAUGUUCAGAAUUAAUUAUGUCUUGCAUGUUGGCAGUGUACAUUAAUAGGCAAUAGGGGCAGGAGUUGGCCAUUCGGCCCUUUGAGCCAACACUGUCAAUCACUGUAAUCAUGGCUGAUCAUCCACAAUCAGUACCCCGUUCCUGCCUUCUCCCCAUAUCUCUUGACUCUGCUAUCUUAAAGAGCUCUAUCUAACUAUAUCAUAAGUUAAAAUAAUAUUUGAAAAAAAUUACAAAUGAACACACUCGCUGUGGUAACUGACAAACAUUUCAGCUCUGUGCACAGAUGUUUUCAGAUGUGCUGUGCAAUCUUUGCCCUCUGUUAACCUUAAUAUUACCUGGCAGGGUAAUGUGUUUCUACCUUUACUGCUGGUAAUAAUCACUCAAGAGUAUGGCCAGCAUGAACAAUUCUGAUUUCCCAAGUUAUUAUCAAAGACAAGGAAGAGCGCAUUGAAAAAACUACAAUAUGCUACUUUUCCGAUACUCUUUGGCCUAAAGUGAUAGGCAGGCGGCUAUCUUGUUCUAUUAUGGCAUUUUCUAUUACUGCUAUUAGAUUUUAUGGAUCUCAUGGAAAUAUGCUGGAAAAUACACUCUAGUUCAAAAAUCCCUUUCAAUGUGUUUAAAAGAAUAUUCAAGCAUAGUGCCAAAUAUUAACUAGGAGCAUGAUUUAUAACCACCUUCCUAUGCACUCAAAUCAGAUGGAUAGACUAGAACCCCACAACAUGAAAAUAUCUGGGAUUGUACUUGACCAAUCUUCUUCUUUUCGUGUCUUUGAAGCUAGUUGGUUAUAUGACAGUUUCCCAUUCCUUUACACAGUCCUUUGCGUUUUUAUUGAACACUGCAAGAUCCUUUGGGCUGCACUGGUUGGGUAGUAGGGGGCAGACAAGGCAGUGCUGCAUUGUAUGGUCCUCUUCUCCACAUUCACAGGUGGUUUGGCCAGUUUCAUAGCCCCAUCUGGCCAUGGCAGCUUUUGAUCGCCCCGUUCCUGUUCUCAGGCGGUUGAGCGUCUUCCACUGGACCCAUGGUGCUUCUGAGCCCGGAGGGAGGGCUUCAGAAGGAGGGGGGUCGUCCUCAAGCCUUUUUGUCCAUAGUUGGAGUCUGGUUUCUUCCCGUGAUGCUAUUAGGGGCUGGACAUGGCUGAGAAAGCUUCUCCUGGACUUCAGCCGUUGGGCCGGGGGUACACGUCCGUAGAGGAGGUGGCGUUCAUCACUGGUGGCCUUGGUCAUCUCUACUCGGCUAGCGACUUCCCGUCUCACAUCAGCAGGGGCAAUGCCAGCGAGGAGGUGCAGGUUGUUUAUGUUGGUGGGCUUCAAGCAGCCAGUGCUUGAGCGGCAGGUGUUAUUCAACGCUGGGUCUGGUUUCUUGGCAUGGGAUGAUCUCUCCCAAACAGGACACGCGUACUCCGCAGAGGAGUAGCACAGGGCCAGAGCAGUAGAUCUUAAUGUGUGUGCUGUGGCUCCCCAUUUGGAGUUGGUCAGCUUCCGGAGGAUGUUAUUUCGGGAGUUAACUUUCAGUUUGGUGUUUUUGACGUGUUCCUUAUAGGAGAGAGUGCGAUCCAGUGUUACACCAUGGUAGACAGGGUUGGUGCAGUGUUCAAGUGGUGUUCCAGACCAUGUGAUGUUAAGGGGUCUGUUUGCUUCCCGGUUCCUGAGAUGGAACGAGCAGGCUUGGGUCUUCGCAGGGUUUGCGUGUAGGUGGUUGCGCUCGUAGUAGAGGUGUAGCUCAUCUAGGGCUGAGGUGAGAUUCGCUUCUACAGCUUCAAACGUACUCUCUUGGGAUGUUACACAGAGGUCGUCGGCGUAGAUGAACCGCUCAGUGUUCUGGUCCAUUGGCUGGUCAUUGGUGUAGAUGUUAUAUAGUAGUGGAGCCAGCACACUACCUUAAGGCAAGCCAUUCCAUUGUCGUCGCCAGCGACUUUGCUUGUUGUUAAGGACAACAUAGAAGCGCCUAUCUUUCAGGAGGGCUCCGAUGAGGUCCGUGAGUGCCAGGUUUUUGGUAUUCUCCAAGAUCUUUUUUAGGAGGAGGCGGUGAUUCACAGUAUCAUACGCGGCAGACAGAUCAACAAAGACGGCUCCUGUCACCAGUCCUUUCUGGAACCCGUCUUCAAUGUGCUGUGUGAGAUUCAGAAGUUGACUUGUUGUGGAUUUGCCAGGUCGGAAUCCAGCUUGUUGAGGGAUGAUGGCUGGUUCAGCGACUGGGGCAAGCCUGUUGAGGAUCAGGCACUCAAACAGCUUGUACUAGUGGCAUAGCAGGGAGAUUGGGCGGAAGCUCUUUGCAUAUGCUGGAUCUUUACUGGGUUUUAGAAGAGCGAUGAUUUUGGUUUUCCUCCAGAUCUUUGGGAUGUUUUUUGUCACCAAUGAAAUGUGCAUCCUUUUUUGCGUUAUGGUAUAGAAAUUUUGACCCAUCCCCAUGCCUGGCAUUUUUGGUCCAUGUAGUUUGAGUAGUAAUUAGUAUUAUUUAGUACAGUUAAGGUAAAUUACAUUAAUUCCUGAUGGGAUAUCCUGACACUUUACACUUCAGGGAAUCAGUGUAAGUAUGUAAUUGCUAGCUGGUGCAACUCUCUCAUUUUGAAAAUGUGUGUCGUAAAUGUGAUGACAAUUGUUAAAAUUAUUUGUAUAUUGCUGCAAACUUAUAAGCUUUCUCAUUAACAGCACCAUGGAGUUUGCAUAUACCUUUUCAACAAUAAUAUUUCCGGUUCUGUUUUCACCCGUCCCAUGUGUGGCUCUUUUGGUCCAUGUAGUUUGAAUAACAAUUAGUAUUUAUUACAGUUAAAGGUAAAUUGUAUUCAUUCCUGAUGGAAUUUUAUGAGCCUUGUCAAUAACAGCACCAAGGAUUUUGCAUAAACCUUUUCAAGCAUAAUAUUUCCAGUUCUGUGUUGUUCUCGAACACUGAUUUUAGAUCUAAAUGUAAAGUAUAAUAGUAGCUACGAUUCUUUCUGUACAAGCCAGUUGUAGAUUUAAAUCGGUGUUUUAGACAUAAGUAACAACCCACUGAAAGCGACAGUAACUGAAUACUGAUUUUGUUAUAAAAUCUUGAACUUUAAUUGAAAUUUCUAUAUCGAUCAGGUUUCCGAUUACUGUUCCAAUACAAAAUUUUAUUGUUGUGAAAUACAAUGCCAGUGGUGAGCAUUGUAGGCAGUGAUAUCCCUGUAUUUCUCUUUUGUAAAAUGGUUCCAAAGUUUCAAUACUGUGUAAACGUGAGACAAUAAACAUUAUAAUAUCAAUACACCCAUAUUCAUGUAGUUACAGUAUCUUUGCUGUUCGGCUGGUGAUAUGAUUUGACUUUUCUGAUUGUAUAUUGGUGCCUUUGCUGUUCUAUAUUGACAAACUGUGUUAAUGUGAUUCAUUCUUGGCACCACUGCUUACUGUGGGAAUUAUGAAAAUUGCUGCCUUUAUUAGGGAAGUUACUUUAUUUGUAAAUGACUUUUUAUAUCUAUUUCCAUAUAACUUAAAUUUUCCUAUAAAAGUGAUAAAUAAAACUGCCAGAGCCAUCUGUUUUAAUUCAUGUGGACAAUCAAUGUUGAUGAAACUGCAUCCUUUUUGUCAAUGUGAUGCCUUGAUUCAUAAUCAAAAUUUCCUUUUUGAUUGGAAAGAUUGAUUGUUGGAUAUAUAUGGUGUGGGAAGAAGUGCUGCUAAUUAACUUUGAAAAUUGCAUAAUGAUUCAAAAGUAGAAUUGUGACUACCGUAAUGUUAAUGAACAUGCUGUGAAAGUCCGAUCCACAUUUACUACCAGUGCAGCAAAGGCAUUUGGACAAAAGUGCGUGCAAAUUUUGUUUGUGACAAAAUAAAUGUAUCCAGAUGAAAUGAAGUUAUUUAUGCAUAAUUUUGUAAAAUCAAUGUCUGAAAUGCAAUGGUUCAUAAAGUUACUUGCCAAAUUUGCAUUUUUAAAAACA